CGGAGAGGGCCGCUCCGCCGCCUUUCCGCACUGCUGGUUCAGCGAGCUGAGCCGAAGAGAUACAGGCGCUGCGCUGAUCGAAGUCGGCAUUUGUGAAACCGAUCCAGACGAGCGGUAUAUGUGACAUUUCGGUGGAAAAGCUAACGCUCUUCAACCGCAACGCCUUGCCAUUAAGACGGUAGCAUAGACUGGCUCUGUUCAAUUGAAGAGCGCGGAAGCGACGGGACCGAAGAUCCAACAAAGGGCAGCCAUCAUGGAGCGCAAGAAGUCAGACGACGAUGCGUCUCAGCAUACGAGACUCAAAUCUCACGAUAGCGGCCCUUUGUCGCCCAGACGGAACGCCGGCUUCCUCAACGCUUUGCUAGCGAGACCUUCCUACGACUCGCGCAUACCUUUGCUGGCUGUCACCACGGAGCCAGAGGCGGCUAUCGACUCGCAGAGCUCAUUGACGACGGCCGUUGACAGACGCGAAUCAAGACCAUCAAGCGACGGAUCAGUUGGCAAGCGUGCAUCUUUCGGUAGCGCGAGCACACCACCUCGUGCGAGGUUGGAGCUCGACAGAGACGCAGACUCGCUGGCAUCAAAGCCAAUACGAUAUGAUACGUACCAGCGAUCCUCGGUGACCGGUCUGCCCUACUCGCCAACCGCACGCCUCUUUGGCAGUGUGGCCAGCAGCACUGCUUCUCAGAGCUGGCUAUCACGAAAGAUGAGACGACGUCAAUUCGCCCUCUCUGCAGCCAUUAUCACUCUAGCUGCACUCAUAUAUCUCUCUAUAGCCCACAAUGGCGACCACGCUACUUUCAAUCGUUCCAUGCGAGCUAGCGACAAUUCUACAGGCUGGUCAGACAGCGACUCUAUCUGGGACCGAUUGAGGAAUCCGACAGAUCUGCUGAAAUCGCUGCCGCAUCCUUGGGCUGACACACAAGAGACCGAUCCGUCCAAGAGCUGGUCCAUCGAUUCUAUGCUCGGCAAGGUCAACGAUCUGCACUUGCCGAGCCUGUCAGAAUGGUCAGGCCAGCGUACAAGCACGCCUGUAGAGCAAGUCGAGCCGCAAGAAGUGCAAGUCGGACAGAAAGAAGCACAAGUCGAGCUACAGCCAGAUCAACCUGCAUGGGAUUACGCAGAAGAAAUAUUUGCUCCACCAAAGCUUCUCAAUGCGACUAGUGGAGAACGAGCGAGUGAGCCAGAAUGGCACACACGAAGGAGGAGAACGCUAGCCAUGGCCGCCUAUUGUCGGCGGAAUCCCCAAGCAAAGUGUCCAGAGAGGAUGAGUCAGGUCGUUCUGAUAGGCGUCGGACGAUUCAAAUGGGCGCUCGACGGCACCUUCGAUAAGCCGUCGCCCUUUGCCAACGGCGAAGCAAUUUUGGCAAUGUCAUUCCUGUAUGGCCUCGAUAAGAGAGAAUAUCCCUACAUCUAUGUCGAAGACAAUUACCCGAGGACAGAGCGCGAUGUCGUCUUGCUCAUCUCAAGACUGUAUGCUGAGCUGCAAGAAAGCGUCAAGAUGGUCAUAUUAGACUAUAUCACCGAGCCAAUGUGCCUCGACGAUUCGACUUGCAUCCGAUCAGACGUCUUUCCUACUGGCAUGCCCCGAUGGAAGAUCUUUGUCUGGGAUGCAAUGGCAAAUAUUAUGAACUAUGAAGACAGGUCUCGCGCAGAUUGGCACAUCACAGCGGUACCGUCUUCAAAGACUGUCAUUGGGACUUUCCUCGGUAUCACGAUUUCUACCGAAUGCUCAAAGUUUCAAAUCGUGCCUUCAGACCAACGCAACCAUUCAGCCUAUGUCCUGGGCAAACAACGAGACUUCUUUGCAAAAUCGUCUCUAGCAUGGACAGCGGAAGACCUUGCCGAGCUCAAGAAUGCAACCGGACUGGAUCUGAUAGCGGGAGUGAAACAGCCGAAAGAUGAGAAUGACUACGUCUUGCCGGAUGCGAUCCGGAACAUAGGUGCUGCUUCUCGAGACGACUUUAUCACUCGAAUUGGAUCUGCCAAAGUCAUGCUUGGUGUCGGGCUACCCACAGAUAGUCCAUCGCCUUUCGAAGCGCUCUGCAUGGGCACGCCGGUGGUCUUUCCGGUGCGAAAGAUCAACGGAUGGCAGGGCGACGAAUGGGAUGGCGAUCUCACCCAUUUCAACCCGCAAUCGAAGCUCCUGGCUGAUAGUGUAGCGGGAGAACCUCACGUCUAUCAUGUCGUCAGAGGAGAUCGAGCAGGAUUGAUCAAGGCGGUCCAGAAAGCAAUCAGUACGCCCAUCGAUCCCUACUUGGCGCCAGUCCUCUCAGACGAAAAAUACCUCGAGCGGUUCGACGGCUUCAUGUCGAAAGACUGGUAUCAAGCUCAUCUAGACAUUCAAGAAUUUUCUGUUGAGACUCAGUAAUACACUCUGUCAUCAUGUUGUAAUCCCAGCACAAUGCAUGCGAGCACCGGCAGCUGGCAGGAGGAGGAGCAAGCUCGCGC